UCUCUAUCCACUCCAACAAAUGCUCAAACAAAUUGGAAAUCCAGAACUACAAAGUUGCAGUUGUAAACUGUCGGAACUUCAGUGAAGCUUCGUCUGUACUGACACCGCACCUUUUUUGAAGUCUCACCGGAUAGAUUGUUGCUCUGACUGACUGGGGGCUAACUUGCCAUUACCUUGGAAUAUUUUUUACCCGGGAACGAUUUUUUUCUGUGUCAUGGAUGGGAUGGCCUUUGAAGAAACUUGACAGCUGUUAGGAAUUGUCUUCAGGAGUUACAUUUUACAAAAAAAAAAAAAAAAAAACGUUUUAAACUUAUUUUAACUACAUCCAUAAAAAUGGAUCAGGCAAGUGGAGGAGAAGAUCCAAACAAGCCAUCUAAAAAGAAAUCUGGAGAAGAUGAGAAUAAAAACAAAAAGCUGAAUAUACACAUUAAAACACUGGCUGACGACAUGCGUGAUCGGAUCACCAGCUUCCGCAAGCAAGGUGGGAAGAAGGAGAAGCCCUUCAUCCAGCACCCCACCGACCCCUUGUCCCCCCAGGCAGAGCUGCCCAAACCCCAGCCCUUCAUCGACUCCAUGAGCUCCAUGAACCUCUCCGAGAAGGAAAUCAUCGACCUGUUUGAGAAGAUGAUGGAGGACAUGAACCUGAACGAGGAGCGCAAGGCCCCACUCCGGGGGAAGGACCUGAGCACCAAGCGCGAGAUGGUGGUCCAGUACAUCUCGGCCACUGCCAAAUCCGGAGGCCUGAGGAACAGCAAGCACGAGUGCACCCUGUCAUCCCAGGAGUACGUUCACGAGCUGCGCUCCGGCAUCACCGACGAGAGGCUGCUCAACUGCCUGGAGUCCCUGCGCGUCUCCCUGACCAGCAACCCUGUCAGCUGGGUGAAUAACUUUGGCCAUGAAGGACUGGGUCUGCUUUUGGACGUGCUCGAGAAGCUGCUGGACAAGAAGCAACAAGAGAGCAUUGAUAAGAAAAACCAGCACAAGCUUAUCCAGUGCCUCAAGGCCUUCAUGAACAAUAAGUAUGGCUUGCAAAGAAUUCUUGGCGACGAGAGGAGUCUCUUGCUCCUUGCCAGAGCCAUUGAUCCCAGACAGACCAGCAUGAUGACCGAGAUAGUCAAGAUCCUGUCUGCUGUCUGCAUCAUAGGAGAGGAGAACACCCUGGACAAAAUCCUGGCGGCCAUGACCAUUGCUGCGGAGAGGAAUAACAAGGAGAGAUUCGCUCCGAUAGUGGAAGGCCUCGAGAACCAAGAGGCCCAGCAGCUGCAGGUUGCCUGCAUGCAGCUGAUCAAUGCCCUGGUGACUUCCCCGGAUGAGUUGGACUUCAGGAUACAUCUUCGCAACGAGUUCCUGCGUUGUGGCCUCAAGAAGAUCCUACCGGAGCUGGAGAUGGAGGAGCUCGACAUCCAGCUGAAAGUCUUCAACGAGAACAAAGAGGAAGACCGAGAGGAGCUGUCUCACCGUCUCGACGACAUCCACGCCGAGAUGGAUGAUAUGAAUGAGGUGUACCACCUCCUGUCUAACAUGGUACGAGACACUGCAGCCGAGCCCUACCUUCUGUCCAUCCUCCAGCACCUGAUGCUCAUCAGGAACGACUACUACAUCAGGCCUCAGUACUACAAGGUCAUUGAGGAAUGCGUGGCCCAGGUGGUUUUGCACCGCAGUGGGAUGGACCCGGACUUCGGGUACCGGGAGCGUCUGGAUGUGGACUUCACCCACAUGAUUGACCAGUGUGUGGACAAGGCGAAAGUGGAGGAGAGCGAGCAGAAGGCCACCGAGUUCUCGAAAAAGUUCGAUGAGGAGUUCAGCGCACGACAGGAAGCCCAGGCUGAGCUCCAGAAGCAGGAGGAGAAAAUCAAAGGUCUGGAGGCGCAGAUCACCACACUGCAGGCUCAGGUUUUAACAACCUCUGCAGGGUCACCCAGGCCACCCUCCUCCCCCCCUCCACCUGGAGGUGGUCCCCCUCCACCUCCCCCGCCCCCUCCCCUCCACGCAGGCCUCGCUCCUCCUCCGCCACCUCCUCCACCUGGUGGGGGACCCCCGCCACCCCCUCCUCCUCCUGGGGGAGGACCUCCGCCACCGCCCCCGUUCCCUGGGGCUCCACCUCCGCCCAUGAUGGCCCCUCCUGUUGUCAAGCUGCCUUACGGACUGGAACCCAAGAAGGUAUACAAGCCUGAAGUGGCCAUGAAGAGGGUGAACUGGUCCAAGAUCGUGCCUCAAGAGAUGGCGGACAACUGCUUCUGGAUCAAAGUGAAGGAGGAGAAGUUUGAGAAUCCAGACCUCCUGGCCCAGCUGUCCCUGAACUUCUCUUCCAAGACCAGAGUGAAAAAAGAAAAAGUGGAUGAAACGGACGACAGGAUGACGCAAUUCAAGAAAAAAGCCAAGGAGCUGCGCAUCCUGGACGGCAAGACGGCCCAGAACCUCUCAAUUUUCCUGGGAUCGUUUCGGCUGCCGUACGAAGAGAUUCGAGACAUUGUGCUGGAGGUGGACGAGGAGAGGCUGAGUGAAUCUUUAAUCCAGAACCUGAUCAAGAACCUUCCGGAGCAGAAGGAGUUAAGUGCCCUGGCCGAGCUGAAGGGCGAGUACGAGGAGCUGUGUGAGUCGGAGCAGUUUGGCAUCGUGAUGAGCUCGGUGAAGCUGCUCCGCUCGCGCCUCAACGGCAUUCUGUUCAAGCUGACCUUCGAGGAGCAGCUGAACAACAUCCGGCCAGACAUCAUGAACGUGACGUUUGCGUGCGAGGAGGUGAAGAAGAGCGACAGCUUCAGCAAGCUCCUGGAGCUGGUGCUGCUGGUGGGCAACUACAUGAACACAGGCUCCCGCAAUGCGCAGACCUUUGGCUUCAACAUCGCUUUCCUGUGCAAGCUCCGAGACACAAAAUCGACAGAUCAGAACACCACACUGCUGCACUUCCUGGCUGAGAAGUGUGAGGAGAUGCACCCCGAGAUACUGAAGUUCCCUGACGAGCUAGAGCAUGUGGAGAGUGCCAGCAAAGUGUCUGCACAGAUUCUGAAGGCCAGUCUGGACAACAUGGAGCGUCAGAUCCAGAGGCUGGAGAACGACAUCACCAACUUCCCCAAGAGCGAAGACAAGCAGGACAAGUUCGUGGAAAAAAUGUCCGGCUUCUCCAAGCAUUCGCGUGAGCAGUACGAGAAGCUCUCCAUCAUGCACAAGAACAUGCAGAAACUCUACGAGAGCCUGGGCAGCUACCUGGCCUUCGACCCACACACCAUCAGCGUGGAGGACUUCUUCGGGGACCUGGCCAAUUUCCGCUCCCUCUUCAUGGAUGCUGUGAAGGAGAACCACAAAAGGCGGGAGAUGGAGGAGAAGAUCAAGAGAGCCCGGCUGGCAAAGGAGAAGGCAGAGCGCGAGAAGCAGGAGCGGCAGCAGAAGAAGAAGCAGCUGAUUGACAUGAACAAAGAAGGAGAUGAGACAGGCGUGAUGGACAGUCUAAUGGAAGCCUUGCAGACCGGAGCGGCGUUCCGCGACCGGAGGAAACGGACCCCACGAAAUGGUGAUCAAAGCCCCUCCAGUCCAGCCUGUCGGUGGCCGGGUGCUAACCAUGCAGAUAACCGGCGUGCUGGUCUGGAGAGGUCCCGCUCGCGCCACAACCCCAGCCUGCUGCCCCGAUGAUCACCCCCAGCUCACCGGACAUCCACAGACGUCAGCCAAGUGCCAAAGAGACCAGUAAGGCCAGGGGGAGGAAGUGUGGACA